CUCGAGGCGCCACGACGAGGCUGCCGCUCUGGCUCACCGCCCCCGCCCGCCGCCGCUCUGACCCGGCAGCCGCCGCCGCGCCGCGGGCCAUGGACCUGCCCAGGGGCCUCGUGGUAGCCUGGGCGCUCAGCCUAUGGCCAGGGUUUACAGACACCUUCAACAUGGACACCAGGCAGCCCCGAAUCAUCUCCGGCCCCAAGUCCUCCUUCUUUGGUUACACGGUACAACAACACGACAUCAGCGGGAAGAAAUGGCUGGUUGUGGGCGCCCCAUUGGAAACCAAUGGUCAUCAGAAGACAGGAGAUGUGUACAAGUGUCCAGUGAUCCAAGGGAACUGCACCAAGCUCAACCUAGGAAGGGUCACCCUGUCCAAUGUGUCUGAGCGGAAGGACAACAUGCGCCUCGGCCUGAGCCUCGCCACCAACCCCAAGGACAACAGCUUUCUGGCCUGCAGUCCCCUCUGGUCCCACGAAUGUGGAAGCUCCUACUACACCACGGGGAUGUGUUCCAGGGUCAACUCCAACUUCAGGUUCUCCAAGACCGUGGCCCCAGCUCUCCAGAGGUGCCAGACCUACAUGGACAUCAUCAUCGUCUUGGAUGGCUCCAACAGCAUCUACCCUUGGGUGGAGGUUCAGCACUUCCUCAUCAACAUACUGAAGAAGUUCUAUAUUGGGCCUGGGCAGAUCCAGGUUGGCGUUGUUCAGUAUGGAGAAGAUGUGGUACAUGAGUUUCACCUCAAUGACUACAGAUCUGUGAAAGAUGUGGUGGAAGCCGCCAGUCACAUUGAGCAGAGAGGAGGAACAGAGACCCGGACAGCAUUUGGCAUUGAAUUUGCUCGCUCAGAGGCUUUCCAGAAAGGCGGCAGGAAAGGGGCCAAGAAGGUGAUGAUUGUCAUCACGGAUGGGGAGUCCCACGACAGCCCUGACCUGGAGAAGGUGAUCCAGCAGAGUGAGAAGGACAAUGUGACCAGAUAUGCAGUGGCCGUCCUGGGCUACUACAACCGCAGAGGGAUCAACCCAGAAACUUUUCUAAAUGAAAUCAAGUACAUCGCCAGCGACCCCGACGACAAGCACUUCUUCAAUGUCACCGAUGAGGCAGCCCUGAAGGACAUCGUCGAUGCCCUAGGGGACCGGAUCUUCAGCCUGGAAGGCACCAAUAAGAAUGAAACAUCCUUUGGGCUGGAGAUGUCUCAGACGGGCUUUUCUUCACAUGUGGUAGAGGACGGGAUUUUGCUGGGAGCUGUUGGCGCCUAUGACUGGAACGGAGCUGUGCUGAAGGAGACCAGUGGCGGGAAGGUCAUCCCUCACCGAGAGUCCUACCUGAAGGAGUUCCCUGAGGAGCUCAAAAACCACGGUGCCUAUCUGGGGUACACGGUCACAUCGGUCGUGUCCUCCACGCAGGGGCGAGUGUACGUGGCUGGUGCGCCCCGCUUCAACCACACAGGCAAAGUCAUACUGUUCACCAUGCUCAACAACCGGAGCCUCACCAUCCACCAGGCUCUGCGGGGCGAGCAGAUAGGCUCUUACUAUGGGAGUGAGAUCACGUCGGUGGACAUCGAUGGCGACGGCGUGACGGAUGUCCUGCUGGUGGGUGCACCCAUGUACUUCAGCGAGAGCUGGGAGCGGGGCAAGGUGUACGUCUACAUCCUGAGACAGAAUCGGUUUGUUUAUAAUGGAACAUUGAAGGAUUCCCACAGUUACCAGAAUGCCCGAUUCGGAGCCUCUAUUGCCUCAGUUCGAGACCUCAAUCAAGAUUCCUACAAUGACGUGGUGGUGGGAGCCCCUCUGGAGGACAAUCAUGGCGGAGUCAUUUACAUCUACCAUGGCUUCCAAGACAACCUCCUAAAAAAGCCAAAGCAGAGAAUCUCAGCCUCCGAGCUAGCACCUGGCCUCCAGUAUUUCGGCUGCAGCAUCCACGGGCAGCUGGACCUCAAUGAAGACGGACUUGUGGACCUGGCAGUAGGCGCCCUUGGCAACGCCGUGAUCCUGUGGUCCCGCCCAGUGGUGCAGAUCAAUGCCAGCCUCCACUUUGAGCCAUCCAAGAUCAACAUCUUCCACCGGGACUGCAAACGCAGCGGCAGGGACGCCACCUGCAUGGCUGCCUUCCUCUGCUUCACACCCAUCUUCCUGGCACCUUAUUUCCAAACAGAAACUGUCGGCCUCAGGUACAAUGCCACCAUGGACGAGAGACGGUACACGCCGCGGGCCCACCUGGACGAGGGUGGAGACCGGUAUACCCACAGGGCUGUCCUGCUUUCCUCUGGCCAAGAGCACUGUGAGCAGAUCAACUUCCAUGUCCUGGACACUGCUGACUACAUAAAGCCAGUGACCUUCUCAGUAGAGUAUGCCCUGGAGGACCCUGACCAUGGCCCCAUGCUGGAUGACAGCUGGCCCACAACCCUCCGAGUCUCGGUGCCCUUCUGGAACGGCUGCAAUGAGGAUGAACACUGUGUCCCCGACCUCGUGCUGGACGUGCGGAGCGACCUGCCCACAGCCACGGAGUACUGUCAGAGGGUCCUGCGGAAGCCCGCACAGGACUGCUCCGCCUACGAGAGGUCCUUCGACGCCACGGUCUUCAUCAUCGAGAGCACGCGGCGCCGGGUGGCCCUGGAGGCCACGCUGGAGAACAGGGGCGAGAACGCCUACAGCGCAGUCCUGAACAUUUCACAGUCGGCAAACCUGCAGUUUGCAAGCUUGAUCCAGAAGGAUGACUCUGACGGCAGCAUCGAGUGUGUGAAUGAAGAGAGGAGAUUCCAUAAGAAAGUCUGCAAUGUCAGCUACCCUUUCUUCCGAGCCAAGGCCAAGGUGGCGUUCCGUCUGGAUUUUGAGUUCAGCAAGUCCAUCUUCCUGCACCACGCAGAGGUCCAGCUCAUCGUGGGCAGUGACAGUGACGAGCAAGAGAGCACUAAGGAAGAUAACACAGCCCUCCUGCGUUUCCACCUCAAGUAUGAAGCCGAUGUCCUCUUCACCAGGAACAGCAGUCUGAGCCAUUAUGAAGUCAAGGCCAACAGCUCACUUGACAGAUACGAUGGCAUCGGGCCUCCCUUCAGCUGCAUCUUCAAGAUCCAAAACUUGGGCUUGUUCCCUGUGCACGGGGUGAUGAUGAAGAUCACUGUCCCCAUCGCCACCAGGAGCGGCAACCGCCUGCUGAUGCUGAGGGACUUCCUCACUGACCAGGGGAACACGUCCUGCAACAUCUGGGGCAACAGCACUGAGUAUCGGCACACCCCAGCGGAGGAAGAACUGAGUCAUGCCCCACAGCUGAACCACAGCAACUCAGACGUGGUCUCCAUCAACUGCAACGUGAAGCUGGCCCCUAACCAGGAAACCAACUUCCGCCUGCUGGGAAACCUGUGGCUGAGGUCCCUGAAAGCACUCAAGUACAAGUCUAUGAAAAUCACAGUCCACGCAGCCCUGCAGCGGCAGUUCCACAGUCCCUUCAUCUUCCGAGAGGAGAACCCCAGCCGCCAGAUCACAUUUGAGAUCUCAAAACAAGAAGACUCGCAGAUUCCCCUCUGGAUCAUCCUGGCCAGCACACUGGGAGGCCUCCUGCUCCUGGCCCUGCUGGUCCUGGCACUGUGGAAGCUCGGCUUCUUCAAAAGUGCCAAGCGCAAGAGGGAGUCCACCCUGGACGCCACCCCUAAAGCGCAGGACGCGCGCCCACCUCCCUGCCGCUUUGUUCCUCGGUACCUCGCGGGAAGCGCCUGGGUGACGCAAUCCCCAGGCUCUGCGUUCCCGGCUGCCUCUGCAGUAGGGCUGCGGGUGCAGAGCGCCCCUUUGUGCAACCCCGGUGCACAAUGCCUCCUCUCCCUCCAUGCGCCCCAGCUGUACGUAGAGGCUCGGCUGGCGCUGAUGAGGGUCCUCUCUGGGAUGCACUGA